GUGUUUUAUAAGACAUUCGGCUGAGGAACAUGGCCUUCCAUCUGUUUCUGCUCUCGGCACUUCUCUGGGUGGAGGAGGGUCUCGGCUGCUUCAAGUGCUUCAUCUCUCGGAAAGAAAGAGUUGAAAUUUGUGACUUUGUGUUCGAAAAACAACGCCUGGAUGCGGAGAUCUGUAACCAUAUCAUGAUGAAGACUUUCCUACCCCUGGAUACAUAUGUCAUUGCAAUGUCACAGACAGAAACAGUAAGGAAAGCAAUGAAAGGUUUUUAUGAUGAAGUGAAGAAGCAGUACACUCAGGCCAAGAAACCAAUGGAAUGUAUUCCCCCUUGUGGUCUGCAGGAACAGGCCAGGAAAUUCAACUGCAUGAAUUGCGAAGAAGAGCAUUGCAAGCUACCUAUAGAAUGCCCAAUUGAAGACAUCUAUGUACAUGAGUUUAGGACGGUAGUCAUGAACUGCAGUACAGGUUUCCCCCUACCAAUGGAUGACAUUACUGUCCUGUGGAAAUUUCACUGGCAAGUAAGAACUAGACGAUGGUCCCGCUUCAAAGCUUUACAUAGAGGGAUGGAGUUUAUCUUUUUAAUCACACGCAUGGUUUUGGACAAGGAAGGCACCUAUGCCUGUGAGAUAAGCACUGAUGAGGAUGUCCUCAUCCGGAAAUACUUUUUUGUAAACGUGACCUACAGUUCUCUCCGUGAGUCCAUUAGACGCAUGGAACAACUAUUCAACAUGAUUGUCAACUCAAACACAACUGAGCCACCUACAGUGAAACCCCGCAAAUGGAUCGACCUGAGGCGGGUCUUUAACCCAAAGAAAUCCUUGUCCAUGGCCGAAUAUAUUUUAUACACAGCAAUAGUCGCUAUGGCCACUGUUCUGCUUGUCCUGAUCGUUGGAGGCGGCUGUUUCUAUAUAUAUCGAUAAGGAGCAGCAAAAUGGAACCAUGCCAUCUUCACCCUGAACAGCACGUGUAUACUUUUUAAUAAACAUGGGAUUUACUGAAAUGCUGAAAUUCCACAAAAAAACCAUUUUCAUUAAAAUCCUUAAAAAUAAACACAAAGAUUUCCUAA